CUACCGAACAAGGAGUUGAUCAAUUACAGAAUCAUUUCUCGGUUGAAGCAGGCGAUCACUCGUAUCUGAGCAGCGGAGGAAACAAACACGGACACCUCAUGUGCUUUCAUUCUUGACGAACCAAAAGAUGACCUCAACACCAAUGAACACCACUUCAUCAGCUGUCACACUGACCACACCAAUGAACACCACUUCAUCAGCCGUCGCACUGACCACAUCCGCCCAAAAUAAAAGCACGGGAAACCGGGAAGAUGACGAGUACCAUACUCUCCUAGCUGUCAUCUACACGACGGUUCUGCUCAUCGGCACCACUAGCCUGAGUAUCACCAUCCACUUCAUGAAGUCGAGGACAUUUUCCACCACCUCCGUUGCUGUUGUCAACCUCAUAUUCGCGCACUUUCUGUUCCUUCUCACCGUGCCCUUUAGGAUCUAUUAUCACGUGGCUCAGGAGUGGAGCCUUAACUUGAGCUGGUGCAAAGUGGUCAGCAGCAUGGUCCACAUCCACAUGUACAUAUCUUUUGGCAUCUACAUAGUCAUCCUCGUCACACGCCUCAUGGUGUUUUACCGCGAUUCUGAGCAGCUGCCGUCUUCGCGCAGGAUUUACGCGCGCGUUGCCAGCGUGAUGUUAUGGAUGAUCGUGCUCAUGAUCGUCACCUACAUCAUCUACUUUCACUACGGCAAGUCCAGCAAUGACACCAGUUUGCAGUGUUUCAGAUUUGGAAGAGAAAUAGAAUCUCCUGCCCCCAGGGUGAUAAACUACAUCAUCAGUACUUUGUUCAUAAUAGUGGCCGUUUCGCUGACCGGUCUCCAAGCCUACGUCCUGUGCCUUCUAUACAGGAAGCAUCAUCAGUGUUGCACGUCACAACAGGACUUCGGGGCUCAACAGAAAAGUCUUACCUUCGCCCUCGUCAUGGUUGUGUGUUUCAUCCCGUACCACAUAUUCCGACUGUAUUACUUGGAACACCGUGAGCUGGAGAAUCUCAAUGAGGUUUUUCUGAGCUUAACCACCUUUAACUGCUUGGACAUGCUCGUUCUCUUCAGAAGAAGGGCGUGCUUAGUGUGCCUCCCGGGAAAGUCUAUUUAAUCAACAUGUCUGCAGAUUCUUGUAAUUUUGCAUCAUGAGAAAUCUUACACAACGACAAAUUUAGUUAAAUAAGACAAUCAGUUGCUCUUUUACUUGUGUCCAAGCUUAAGUUUACCUGCUUAAUUAUUCUGUUUCUAAUCAGAAUCUAUGGAUCUGUGUAAAAAAAUACAGUGGUAUCUCUACUUACAAUAUUAAUUGCUUCUGGAAGUAGUUUUGUUACCUGAACAUUCUGUAAGUAGAGACGCGUUUUCCAUGUAAAUGCCUUAAUCCAGGGGUCCCCAAACUUUUUCCUGUGAGGGCCACAUAACUUUUUCCUUCUCUGAUGAGGGGCCGGGGUCAGUUUGUAACAGAAAAAGUGUGACGAUUGCAGGAGUGCCUAAAUGUAAAGAUUUAUUGUUUUUCAGAAAGCCAAAUCAAAUAACCCCUUCUGGAUUUUUUCCCGGAACAAAAUAAAGUAAUAAUAAUAAUGAUAUAAUAUAAUAUAAUUAGUAGGGUUGUUCCGAUCAUGUUUUUUUGCUCCCGAUCCGAUCAUUUUAGUUUGAGUAUCUGCCGAUCCCGAUAUUUCCCGAUCCGAUUGCUUUUUUUUUGCUCCCGAUUCAAUUCCAAUCCAUUUACAUUAUUAACAUUCUUUCUGUGAGAGGGAUCCACGGAUAGAAAGACUUGUAAUUCUUAAAGGAUAAAUGUGACUUUGUAUAUUGUGACUAAAUAUUGCCAUCUUGUGUGUUUGUUGAGCUUUCAGUAAAUGAUACUGUAGCCAUUUAACUUCUGCCCAAAUGCAUGAUGGGAAGUGCAACCAUGACUGUGCGUCGUGGUACCAAUUGAUAUAUCUUCUCUGCGUUGGGAAAUAACAUAGGGUGUUAAGAAAACCCUUUCUUCUCCACAUUGUUUCCCACGAUUAUUCUAAUCAUUGGGAGAGUGAUUGUAAGGCUUUAGCCAUUUAAAAGAAGGCUGCCAAAAUUCUCUUUACUCAUUUUACGCUGCCUUUUAGCUCCAUAUACUGUAUGGGUAAAAUGGCACCAUUAUAGAUUGAACGCGACAAUGCGUGAGUGGGUCGUGCAGCGCAUACGUUAAUUGCGUUAAAUAUUGUGAUAAAUGUAAUAAAUAUUAAUUCUCGCUGUUAACGCGAUACAUUUGAUAACCCUACCUUAAGCUUAAACUAAAGACUCUGGAAGAGUGUAACACAUUAUGUCUGUAACGUUAAAUACAUUUAGAAAACGAUUUAAUUAAAAAAUAUAUAUAUAUUAAAAAAAGGCAUGUCCGAUAUUUUUUUGCCGAUUCCGAUACUUUGUAAAUGACUUGAUUGGACAUCUCUAAUAAUUAGGGCUUUCAAACGAUUACAAUUUUUAACCGAGUUAAUUACAGCUUAAAAAAUAAUUAAUCGUAAUUAAUCGCAAUUCAAACCAUCUAUAAAAUAUGCCGUAUUUUUCUGUAAAUUAUUGUUGGAAUGGAAAGAUAAGACACAAGAUGGGUAUAUACAUUCAACAUACGGUACAUAAGUACUGUAUUUGUUUAUUAUAACAAUAAAUCAACAAGAUGGCAUUAACAUUAUAAACAUUCUCUUAAAGCAAUCCAUGGAUAGAAAGAAUUGUAGUCCUUAAAAGAUAAAUGUUAGUACAAGUUAUAGAAUUUUUAUAUUAAAACUCCUCUUAAUGUUUUCGUUUUGUUACAAUUUGUAAAAUUUUCAAUCAAAAAAUAAACUCGUAGCUCGCCAUUGUUGAUGUCAAUAAUUACACCAUGCUCACUCAUGGUACUAACCCAUAAAAUCAGUUGGACCCAAGCGCCAGCAGAGUAACAAGCGGACAUUACACUGUACUGUCAUUUUAGUCUGUUUGAGCGGGGCAUGUGCGUUAAUUGCGUAAAAUAUUUUAACGUGAAUAAUUUUAAAAAAUAAUUACCGCCCGUUAACGCGAUAAUUUUGACAGCCCUAAAUAUAAUAUACCGUAUUGGCCCGAAUAGAAGACGGCCCUGAUUAUAAGACUCGAGUAUGAAAAAAAGACUUUUUGAACACCAAAUUAAUUUUUAUACAGAAAAUAAUUACAGUACAUCCGAAACAUAUGAUUAUAACAAUAUAUCAGAGAAAAAGCAUGUUAUUUUGCCUCAUUCAAAUCUUAAUAGCUGAACAUUUAAAUAUGUAAACUAAAGUGCAAUCACAUUCGUAAAUGAAUGGCUUCUGGUUUUUGAAAUAAAAACAACAAAAUUACAAUAACUGCAUUAGCCAUCAAAGUGAAGUCUAACUGUAGUCUUGAAACAAAUCUGAAUAAGGAAAAACAUUGCAAUAAAAUAAUGCAAACUGGUUAAACUAAAAAGAGUAGCUGAGAUUUGUCAUGACAGAACAUCGCUUCAAUGACAUCUGGCGCCAUCUAGCGUCGUGAAUGGGUAUAAUGUCUAGACCGCAAAUAUAAGACGACCCCCACUUUUUCAGUCUUAUUUCAAUGCAAAAAAACACUGUCUUAUAUUCGGACCAAUACGGUAAUAUAAUGAUAAAUAAUAACACUAUUAAUUAAAUAGAUUAUAACUAAAUAACCUUCUCUGGGUUCUUCACAGUUCCCGUAGAACACCUGUGGAGAGAUCUGAAAAUGGCAGUUCAGAGAAGGCACACUUCAAAUCUCAGAGACCUAGAGCAGUUGGCCAAAGAAGAAUGGUCUUACAUUCCAGCAGAGCAUUGUGAGAAUCUCAUUGAUGGAUUCCAGAAGGUGUUGUUGGCAGUGAUUUAGUCUAAACGUUGUGCUACCAAGUAUUAGUCUGAGGGUUCCAACAAAAUUACGUUGUUGCUUCAACAGUUUAUUGCAAUAAAGUAAACACAAGGCUCAAAUAUACAGUGUGUGCAAGGUGUUUAUUAUAGAGUUGUUAGAUUAUUACACUUGUUUCUUCUGAAAUGUGUUGAAAUCUUGUUUCUGAGCAUUCGCACAGUAACUUAUGAAAAGGUUUUGUAAAUGCUGAGUAACGUGCGAAGAGAAGUUAGUGAAGAAAUGUCCGGCUGUAUUCUCUUGCCUCAUGUAUUGUGAAGCACUGUCGGAGAUGUUGCGGCACGCUUAUGAGGACUUUGGUAUCUCAGUAUACAAUUUUCUUUUGAGUUUUAAAAAAUAAAACAAAAACAAAAAAUUUAAGACCCUGUUGCUAUACAGACUGAAUUUUUGGAAAUAGAGCCUGGGUGAGUGUAGGCAGCAUCAAGUAAUCUACAAAAAAGUUUUAAGUAUUCAAAAAAAUGUGCAAGUACUCCAAUCUUUUCAUCCGAAUAAUAACAGUUGGGAAUAUGAAUUCGAUCAGCGACCAGCUUCCCUCUCCCUUCUUCUAUAUUAUCUGCUGUUUUACAUAUUUAUAUAGUUUUGGCCAAAUAUGGUCAUGUUAUAGGUUAUAGUACAGUACAAU